UGUGAGGCUAUCGGAACAUAUUGCGAAGUGUGUCAAAACAUCCUCCAAGCUCGAACAAAGGAGAAACAGUGGACAGUGGCACUCUCCCGAUCAGAAGAGAAUUCAAGAUCUCAAGGUGCAACGAACUUAAACAACAAAAGAGAAACAGUGGACAGUGGCACUCUCCGACAUAGCCGACUAGCCAAGAAUCAGAAACAGUGGACAGUGGCACUCUUCGAUAUAGCAAAGGAGAAACAGUGGACAGUGGCACUCUCCGAUAUAGCCCCAAAGGAGAAAUAGAGAAAUAGUGGACAGUGGCACUCUCCGACAUACCCGGCUUUCCAGACCUCAAGGUUCAACGAACUCAAAGCUCGAACAACAGAGAAACAGUGGACAGUGGCACUCUCCGACAUAGCCGACUAG